CGGGACAGCCGGCGUCUAGGGGGGCGGUGCCUCCCGUCGGUACAGUCAUCCUUCUGCCUGUUCGGCGGGACUGAUGGCCGGGGAGAUGACGAUCUUAGGUUCAGCUGUUUUGACGCUCCUGUUGGCUGGCUACUUGGCACAACAGUAUUUACCAUUGCCUACGCCAAAAGUGAUUGGCAUCGACCUGGGUACCACCUACUGCUCGGUUGGUGUGUUUUUCCCUGGGACAGGGAAAGUAAAGGUGAUUCCGGAUGAAAACGGGCAUGUCAGCAUCCCAAGCAUGGUGUCCUUCACCAAUGGCCUUGUGCAUGUGGGCUACGAAAGCCUGGAGCUGGCGGACUCAAACCCUCAGAACACAAUAUAUGAUGCGAAAAGGUUCAUAGGGAAGAUCUUCACCCCCGAGGAGUUGGAGGCCGAAAUUGGCAGAUACCCAUUUAAGGUUUUACACAAGAAUGGAAUGGCUGAGUUUUCCGUGACAAGUAACGAAACUAUCAUCGUUUCUCCGGAGUAUGUCGGCUCUCGAUUGUUGCUAAAGCUAAAGGAAAUGGCAGAGGAAUACCUCGGCAUGCCGGUUGCCAAUGCUGUCAUUUCUGUGCCAGCAGAAUUUGACCUACAACAGAGAAAUUCAACAAUCCAGGCUGCCAACCUUGCUGGACUGAAGAUCUUGAGGGUGAUAAACGAGCCGACAGCAGCAGCUAUGGCCUAUGGCCUCCACAGGGUUGACGUCUUCUACGUGUUGGUCAUAGACUUGGGUGGAGGAACCCUCGAUGUGUCAUUACUGAAUAAACAAGGAGGGAUGUUUCUAACACGAGCAAUGUCUGGAAACAACAAACUUGGAGGACAAGACUUCAAUCAGAGGCUGCUUCAGUAUUUAUAUAAAGAGAUCUAUCAAACAUACGGCUUUCUUCCUUCCAGGAAAGAAGAAAUCCACAGAUUAAGGCAGGCAGUGGAAAUGGUCAAGCUAAACUUGACGGUUCAUCAGUCUGCCCAGGUAUCAGUUUUACUCACUGUAGAAGGAAAGGACAGCGAGAAAUCUCAGAAUGGUGACUCUGAGCUGCCAAAAGACCAGCUUACCCCAGGGGAUGGGCACCAUGUGAACAGAGCCUUUAGACCCGGCCUUGAUGAAAGCAAGAGUGGAAGUCAGGUUUUAUUUGAGACAGAAAUAUCCCGCAAGCUCUUUGAUACCCUCAAUGAAGAUCUCUUUCAGAAAAUACUCGUGCCCAUUCAGCAAGUAUUAAAAGAAGGCCACUUGGACAAGACUGAAAUUGACGAGGUGGUUCUGGUUGGGGGCUCCACUCGGAUUCCUCGGAUCCGCCAGGUUAUUCAGGAGUUCUUUGGAAAGGACCCCAACACGUCUGUAGACCCUGACCUGGCAGUGGUGACAGGAGUGGCCAUCCAAGCUGGGAUUGAUGGAGGUUCCUGGCCUCUCCAAGUGAGUGCUUUAGAAAUUCCUAAUAAGCAUUUACAGAAAACCAACUUCAACUGAACUCUAAGGGAGUACUGGUAACUGAUCUUGUCUAGUGAUGUUAAUGAUUUCCAUGUGAAGCCUCCUCCAGAAAAGAAGUUCCUGAAGUCACUAACAGGUUCCCAAGAGGACAUUUAUACAGGACAACUUUACAUAAAACUUUUUCUUUCGUUUUAGAAUUGAAUAUGACCAGAUGAGUCUUGUUCGGGUUUGUUUAAAAAAAAAACAAAAAAACAAAAAAAAAAAAAGCUCAGUAUUUCUAAAGUAACAGGGUUGAGUAAAGCUCUCCUGGAUUCUGGAAGUAGGUAGCCUUCGCACUUACUAGUCUGGAAACUUUAAAUAGUGCCAACUACGAGGCCCAAGUUCUUACUGAAUUUUAUUAGUAGGGGCUGAUAAUUUCUUUAUUUGGUUUUCACAUAUAACUCUUAAGGAAUUGAAGGACUGUUAUGUCGGGUAUUUCCAUGGCCUGGAGAUAGCAGUAUUAUUAAACUGCAUAGAUAGUAUCCAUCAACUGCCAUGAGAUUUGUACUUUCAGAAAUCUACUAUCUUUUUACAUAUUAUAGUCUCCUAAUCUACAGAUUUUAAUAUAUUUGAAAGACCAGUUUUUCUUCCCAAAACAGCUGAAGAUUUAUUCGGAUUUCUUUCUGCCAGAUAGUAGACAUGCCCUGUUUAUACUGCAGUCUGUUUAUCUGCAGGGCAUCAUUUUCUGCUUGUAUUUUCACAUGUCUGCUCUGUAAGAAUAAAAAGAAAGACAGUAGAGAGUUUCUGGUCGCCUUUUCAAAGCGUUGAUGUCUCAAUAAGACUGUAUUACUCCCUCCAUUUCUUUUUGCUAUCCAAGAUCAUUGCAUAGAUCAAAUAUUUGUAGCAGCUGUUUGGUUUUGGUUAUGUUGUUUCCUCUUUCCCCAGGGCCAAGCCUACAAGUGCAAGACUAUAAUCCAACUAUUCUAGAAAUUGAGGCAAGGGGCUCACAACAAGUUCAAGCCUGUCUGAGCUACCUAGGAAGUUAUAAGCCAAUUUAGGCAGCUUAUUGAGAUCCUGUCCGUGUCUCAAAAAAACAAGAGAGAGGGAUAUAGGGAGGGGAGGGGAGAAGAAGAAAGCGAGCCAGACGGCCACAAGGGCCAGCGAAGAAAAUGCUGGAUGUUGGCUGUGAUGCCAUUAGUGGAAGAUGUAUGCCAUUUUUUUUUUUUUGCUUUAAUGAAAGUAUUCACAUACAAGAAUUAUAUCCCGGCUAUCAUUUUGAUAUAAAGUAUAUCCUGUUUUAUCAGUGUUGUAAUAACUAAAGAAGAGAACUAAAACGUUAAGAUCAAACACUUGAGCUUCCCAGAGGAAAGGUGGUAGUUUGGGUUGUUUUAUUGGUUUUGUUUUUUGUUUUGUUUUUGUUUUGCAGCUUUAUAAUUUUUUUUUUUUU